CCUGUGGUUGGCCACACUAACACAGGUGGUGUGGCCAGCAAGCAGAGCAGUAUGUCCCUAAGCCUCGUGGCGGCAGGGUUAGGUGUACCAUAGCACCACACCUCCACCACUGUAUCUACCACAGUGAUCACUCAUAAGAUUUCUAACUCAUUGUACUCGCCACUAGACUUCCACAGCAUAACAACCACAAGACCUCUAGGGCAGUGUAGUACUGUAAGCCAGAGAUGCUGUACCUCCUCCAGCAGCUGUAGGCCUCCGGCCGUCUCUCACGUCUCUACCCAGGUUCAUUGUCUCUUCCACGCCAACACAGUCCCACCACACACACAUCUUCACUUCUGACCCCCUCCGUCUUCAUGUCCUACCUACCUUACGUCUGAUCUCUUAUGCCUGACCUUCACGUUUUACUCCUCAUACGUCUAAGCCCAUUACACACGAAACCCUUAAUUACGGCUGACACCCUUACGUCCAAUCAUCACUACAUUUGACUUCUUACGACUAACCCCCCCCCCCCCCAUUGCAUCUGCCCCUGCCCCCACACCCCUUCCUAUACGUGUUGCUACCAUCAAGUUGCUACUCAUUUUUUAACGAUGGUGCUAGUGAAACUACAGAGAAUAUUUGUAUUCAUGAUCCUGACCUCACCUUUGGCCUUCAUUGUGAUAUACAACUUGCGUUUCAUAAGCCGUGGACCAUCUGGCCUCUCUAGCCUGAGAGACCUUAAUGGUGCAAGUCAACGGACGCUAAAGCAAGACAUGAACUGUUUACCGCUGGCGAAGAGGCUUCACGUUCAGACUAUCCCUCAACGAGAGUGUGGGGCACCACAUGUCGUAGUGCACAGCGGGGGACGACUGGGAAACAAUAUGUGCCAAUACGUCAGCCUCUUCCUGCUCCGUCAUAUCUACGGCAUCAGGGUUUCAAUCAAAAUGGAUAUGAAGGCAAAACUUAGCCAGGCUUUUAGGAACAUCACAUUACCCAUCCAAGACUCCAAGUGCUUCACUGGACAUACUAAGAGUACUUCCUACAAUAACAUCUACCGGAUGCUAUACACUGCCGCAAAGGAAACGAUAAUGAAUACUACGAAGAAUUUAACAGUGAAGCCCCUACUAAAGAACUCGUACUACGCGUUCGACCACCCCUGUCCCAAGCACCUCAUCAUGGCUUAUAGGGACAAGGCGCGACAGGUCUUCACUUUCAGGGACGAGGUGUUGAACCGGGCCGAGGACAACAUCAACAAAGCUCUACAGACCGUGAAUGCAUCAUACACAAGGAAGGACGUGACACUCAUCACUGUCCAUGUCCGCAGAGGGGAUUAUGCCCAGUAUAUCAAGAAGCAUUUCAAAAUGACACUAUUGGAUGAAGUCUACUUCAAACAAGCCUUUGAUUACUUUAGAAACAGAGUGAAGAAUCCUGUAUUUCUGAUAGUGAGCAAUGAUCAUCCAUGGUGCACAAAACAUCUCCAGGGCAAGGAUGCUGUGGUGGCUGGUAACAUGAGUCAACCAAUACUUGAUAUGGCAGUGCUGGCUCAGGGGGACCAUACCAUCACCAGCUAUGGCACCUUCAGCUUCAUGGGGGCAAUACUGAGCUAUGGCAACUUCACCCAUCCCCUCAUCCAUAAUAAAAAGUAUACGGACUUCAAUUGUGUUGACUUCCCUGGACUUCACUAUAUCGCCAGCAACACUAACACAAGCAAUGAACAUAAUAUCUCAACCCAUAUCCAAGCAAGAGGAAAGAAUUGAAAAUAUAUUUAUACUCUACAGUAAACAGUUUAUCCAUUUACAAUGAAAGUAAUUUAUGAAUAUAAAUGAGGAUCUACUUAAUAACAAAUAGAACAAAAUAAUUUUGUUUCUUGGAGUAUUAAAAUGUCUAAAUACACAAAGGAGCUCCUCCAUAGACCUGAUGACAGUGUGAUAAAAUAUGAUUAAAGCAAGGUAAAGAAAAAUUAUUAGGUUCAAACUGAAUAAGAAUCUUACCACAUAAGAGAGGGGAGGUGGGGGAAAGGUUGCCAGUCUUUGCUGUUGUGUUGGAUACCCAACAUUCUGACCACUCCCUAACUGCUCUAUCCAACACCGCAUCCGCCAGCCCUUCACAGGACUGCACCAGCCAAUCCUGCCCUCCCUUGAGUACUGCAAAGCUUGAUUACUCAAACUUACUCAAGCUAUCAGUCAACCUCCACUUGUACUUUAAUCAAAGAUCCUGCUCACUCAAGAUUGUACAGAGUUAAGUUGUAUCCAUUUCCCACUUGAUUCUCUGUAGUUUGUGGUUUUGCCUAACUAGAAACAUAUAAGUGUGAAGACAUGCAUUUAAAUAUGGCUACUAGUAGCAUUCUCAUUGUUCCAAGUGACAACAAUCAAAGCCAAUAUAAAAUUUGCAACAAUUUUCUUGUUUAAAUUAAAUAGUAAAUAAGUUUGCACAUAUUUUAUUUAUUUAUUCAUAGAUACAAGAGUUCUUACAUUCUUGGACAGCCACUAGCACUCAUAGCAUUUUGGGCAAGUCCUUAAUCCAAAUUUU